GGAGAGGGGAUCUCCAAGAGCCUGGAACCCUGACUCUGCCAUAAGGGGUGCUAGUCCUGGCCUUCCUCGCAAGCCUGGGAAGUCAGGAUGCUUCUAUUCAGCUCUAGGGAACUGCUCAGACUUGGGAGGCGUUUCUGCCACUGGCCCCACAGCUAGGGGCCACCAGAGACCUGAAUCCUUUCCGUGAAAUAGUUAGAAAUGGUGAUGAAGUGAAGGUGGAGAGGGCGUGGCUGCAAUAAGUUAAAGCGUUCAGAACCCAGGAGUCUUAACCACCUUAUGGUUUGAGGAGGGAGUGGGUGCCUAUCAACGCCCCAAAGGGAAGGGAAAUUAGAGGGCGUUAGCGCACAUCCGACACAAAGCCAUUUUAGGAAAGUGCAGGAGCUGCUUUAAGCGCCAAGCUUUUAUUGCUGGGAAUUCCUGGCGUCGUCCUUUAAAACUAAAGGGGAGGGGCUUCCUAGGUGGCGCAGUGGUUAAGAAUCCGCCUGCCAAUGCAGGGGACACGGGUUGGAUCCCCGCUCUAGGAAGAUCCCACAUGCCGCGGAGCCACUAAGCCCGUGCGCCAUGACUAUUGAGCCUGCGCUCUAGAGCCCGUGAACCACAACUGUUGAGCCCAUGUGCUGCAACUACUGAAGCCCACGCACCUAGAGCCCGUGCUCUGCAACAAGAGAAGCCACGGCAAUGAGGAGCCUGCGCACCACAACGAAGAGUAGCCCCCACUCACCGCAACUAAAAAGAACCCCCCCCCCCGCACAGCAAAAAAGACCCAACACAGCCAAUAAAAUAAAUAAAUAAGUAAAUUUAUAAAAAAAACUAAAGGGGAGUGACUGGUUUCUUCCUCAGCCAAUCGGCAUCGAGUCAUUUGCAUAGGCCCGUAUCAAACGUUCACAAAUUCUAGAAACGAAUGAUUUAAGAGAGUUCUUUAGAAUACUAUUUUCCUUUCUGAAAAUUGCAGUGUGCCUUGUUACUGGUACAGCAAUAAGAUUCAGGAAACGCCACUCACAGCUCACCCUCACCGAUAGUAGAGUUGGUGGAUAUGCCACCUUCUCUCCAGGCGGCACUCAUACAGUGUUACAGCUCUUUUAGAAUUUGUCUAGCAGGUUUUCCGGUCCAGCACCGGAAAACCCCCUUUCUAUAAGUCGUUUUUAACAAAAGAAAGACUUUGGUGUUUGGAAGAUGGUGGUCGUCUGUGGAAGUGGUGUAGUUUCAGGAGUGCCGGUGAUUCCCGAGAGUUAAAAGCGGGUAGGGGGGAAUUCUCUCCGGUGGCUUCCGGCCUCGGUUGAUGCAGCUUCCCUUCCGCUCUCGCCCGUUUGGAGAGUCGUUCUAGGAGACCGCUCGCUUCUCCGGAGCGUUUACCCUGGCAGCGCUGCACGUGCAUCUUUUGUCCUAUGGCGUCUGCCUCGGCCCAGGCUGCCGCCUUGAGCGCCGAGCAGGCCAAGGUGGUCCUGGCCGAGGUGAUCCAGGCGUUCUCGGCCCCGGAGAACGCCGUGCGCAUGGACGAGGCUCGGGACAAUGCGUGUAACGACAUGGGCAAGAUGCUGCAAUUCGUGCUGCCCGUGGCCACGCAGAUUCAGCAGGAGGUUAUCAAAGCCUAUGGCUUCAGCUGCGACGGGGAAGGUGUCCUUAAGUUUGCCCGCUUGGUCAAGUCUUACGAAGCCCAGGAUCCUGAGAUUGCCAGCCUGUCAGGCAAGCUGAAGGCGCUGUUCCUGCCGCCCAUGACCCUGCCACCCCAUGGGCCUGCUUCGGGUGGCAGCGUGGCCGCCUCCUGAGCACCCCCCCCCCCACCACCACCAUGACACUGCUGGGGGAGGGAAGACCUUGGUGUUCUGGAGGAUAAUAAAUGUGCCUGUGACUUA